UUGUGUGAAGUUAGGGUAUCUGUCCUCUUUUUUUUUCUUCUCCCUCACACGUUUAUCUUCAUCUUCAUCUUCAUCUACAUCUUCUUGUUUGACAUGUCCAUGGGAGCAACUUCGACGCAACCAACGAUAGUAAAAAUAUAGUGAAGAGUGAGAGGCAACGAGAGUGUGUGAAAGACAAAGAGAGAGCGAGAGAAUAAAGAGAGACAGUGUAAGAUGGAGAAGGACAUUGUUUUGUAGGUGAAGUGAGAGUUAGGAAGAGCUAACACCAAUUUUGAUAAUAACAAAACCAAUCUCGAGGGAGAGUAAUUUUGGGCAAAAUAGGGGAGAUGGAAAUGAGAGCGCUUGAAGACAUUGAAAUGGCCGAAGACAUUACUCCCCCGUUGUUUCCCCUCACCUCCGCUCUCCAUGAUUCCUUCCUCUCCACCCACUGCUCUUCCUGCUUCUCCCUUCUCCCAAAUCCCCCGAUUUCUCACUCCCCUCUCCUCCACUACUGCUCCCUCAAAUGCUCCCUUUCUCAUUCCGAUCCCCUCACCGCCGCCUUCUUCUCCAUCCACCCUCUCCCCGACGCCUCAUCCGACACCUCCGACCUCCGCGCCUCCCUCCGCCUCCUCCACCUCCACCUCCUCCUCUCCCAUCCCUCCCCUUCCCUCUCCCCUCCUCCCCACCGCAUCUUUGGCCUUCUCACCAAUCGACACAAAUUGAUGACCCCCCAAAACGGCUCCGAGGUCUUCCUUAAGCUUCGCGAAGCAGCCAACGCCAUUGCCGCUCUCAGAAGGAAAAUCUAUGCUGAUAUUUCACCUGGAACCGCCUUAGAAGAGGCUGUCCUCUGUCUUGUAUUAACCAACGCCGUUGAUGUUCAGGAUUCCAUCGGCCAAACCAUUGGAAUCGCUGUGUACGCUCCUACCUUCUCCUGGAUUAAUCACAGUUGUUCUCCCAAUGCUUGUUACAGAUUUGAAACCCCCUCGGAUUCCUUCACUACGAGGUUCCGGAUUGCCCCUUCCUGCACUGAUUUUGUGUCGGAUGAAGGAACUUGUAGACAAAUGGGUAAUGUUCGUAGCAACAUUUUAGAUUUCAUGAGAGAAGAUUUUCAGGGUAAUGGUCCAAGAGUUGUGGUUAGGAGUAUAAAGAGGAUAAAGAAAGGUGAAGCUGUCACAAUCGCAUACUGUGAUCUGUUGCAACCUAAGGCAAGGAGGCAGUCAGAGUUGUGGUCAAGAUAUCAGUUUGUCUGUAGUUGCCAACGAUGUAGUGCCGUGCCCCUAACUUAUGUGGACCAUGCUUUGCAGGAAAUCUCUGCUGUCAAAGUGGAAUUGCUCGAUUCGGCUCCCAUUAGCAACUUUGAUCAUGACACAGCAGUGAGAAGAAUAGAUGAAUAUGUUGACAAUGCCAUUACCGAGUACCUGUCUAUUGGUUCUCCUGAAUCAUGUUGUGAGAAGCUUCAAAACUUGCUUACUUUUGGUUUCCGUGAUGAGCAAGUGGAAGACGGGGAAGGAAAACAGCCCGUUAGCUUAAGGCUGCAUCCUUCACACUUCCUUUUGUUGAAUGCAUACACUGCUCUCACAUCCGCUUACAAAGUCCGUUCAUGUGAUUUAUUGGCUUUGAGUUCUGAAAUGGACAAAGACAAUGAAAAUCGGCACAAUGCACUUACCAUGAGCAAAACAAGUGCAGCAUACGCCUUAUUCCUUGCAGGUGCUACUCAUCAUCUUUUUCUUUUUGAACCAUCUUUGAUCGCUUCUGCCGCAAAUUGUUGGGUUGUUGCUGGAGAGUCAUUGCUUAUUCUUGCUAGACACAGCUCAUUAUGGGCUACUACUACUAACACUUCAGAUUGGGGGUUCCCUUUGGGAAAAAGAAUGUGCUCUAACUGCUCAUGGGUCGAUGAGUUCAAUGGGAGUAGAAUUCAUGGUCGGCGUAUUCAAGCUGAUUUUCGUGAGUUUUCAAUUGGCAUUUCAAAUUGCAUUGCUUCUAUUUCAAGAAAAUGUUGGAGUUUUCUGACUCAUGGAUGCCCAUAUUUGAAGGCUUUCACUGACCCCUUUGAUUUCAGCUGGCCAAAGACGAAUGAUGGAGAUAUUGGUGGUCAUGGCAUCGAUCGUUCAUGUGCUUGUAGUAAAACUAAAGAUAUUUGUUUUGAGUGUGAACCUCAAGAUUCAAAUCAAGAGAGAGAAUCUAUCUCUGGGCUUGGGAUCCAUUGCUUAUACUAUGGGGGCUAUUUAGCAAGUAUCUGUUAUGGGUAUCAUUCACAUUUGGCAUCUCAGAUUCAAAAUAUUUUAAAUGACUUGAAUUGAUAUUGUUCUUAUUAAGUAGAAAUGUAAAAUAAUGAUAUAAAAUUCAGGCCUCCUUUCAUCAUUA